AAGCGGGACCGGCCGCCGAGACCCAGGCGCCAGUUAAUGAACCCCAGGUGUCUCUUCCCAUCUGCCAGAAUAAGGAAACUCCUGUGUGUACUCAGCAGGAGAAGACAGGUAAGUGUGUCACUUACCCAGUGGUGACCAUUGUAUUCUUGCUCCUUUGGUUUUUUGUACCCUUCUUCUGCAGCAGUGCCCUGGUCACACUCCUGUCUUGUGUUGUUUGUCUAAUGUAGUGUAGGAAUUGUGAUCCCAGGCUAAAAUAAAUAAAUGUAUUUUUUCCUUUCUGUGAGCCCCUUCAGAGCCCCCACUUCACUGUCUGCCUCAGACAGGUCAGUUCCUUAGGGGACAGCAGCGGGUGCUGGCCUUUGUUCUGGCUAAGGCUGUCCCUACCCAGACAUUCCCAGCUGCUGCCAGCCUUGCCGGGACAACCCUGUGCCAGAGCACUGGGAGAUGUGUGCCCCAGGUACACCUGAACAGCUGUGGCAGCCGCCAGAUACACACCCCAGGUGACCCACAGCAGUGUCUGGAACUGUGAAUGGGGAGCACUGUUUCCCCUCAUUGUGUGUUGGUGGAGAAGCUUUUGUACCUUUUACUUCUGCUGUCCUUGCCUGGUGAUGAACUGAAGCAUGUCCUUCCUACUGCUGAUACAGCAACUCCCACUCGUGAUAUGCUUAACUUGUUUGGGAUUCUUACCCUGCUCUUCUCCCUGACCUUAAGUGUGAUCUGUGAGCGUGAAAGCUUGGAAGAUGGGAAGCUUGUUUUUUUCUUAACUUUUGCCUAAGGCAUUAGGGUGUGAUCUUUUAUUUCAGAAUCACGUGAGAAAUUGGAAGCAGAGAAAGCAACUUCUAGGAAUACCACUGUAGUAGUAACCACUGCCUUUGGGGAGCAAAUAGAUGAUGAGAUAUUGGAAAUGUACUUUGAAAAUAAAAGGAAGUCUGGUGGGGGAGCCAUUGAGGCUUAUGUCAAAAAAGAUGAGCAAGUGAUCAUCACCUUUCAGGAUGAGCAAGAUGCCCAAGAAGUUUUGCAAAGAAAGCAUCACUUGAAUAAAAUUGAUCUGGUUGUGAGGCCGUGGCAAGUGGAGACUUCCCAGGAAUUGUGCCAAGUGGAGAACUCUGAAGGAUCCCUGCUUCCCACUGCAGUUGUGCUGGAAAAUGUGAAGGAGACAAUAAAAGAUUGCAUGUUAAUUAUGCUGGUAGAGAAUGUCAGUGGCUUGUCAGAGGAUGAUGGUGACUUCAGUGUGGAAAUGAUACCUGAGUUAUGUGCUGCUGUAGUUACUUUUACUGGAAAUACUGAUGCAGAGGAAUUUGCUAAAAAGCUUAAUCAAAACCCCAGAGCAAGGAAACAAAACAUUACUGCACGGUGCCUUGAGCAGACAAAAAGUAUUCGGGCUGAAAACAUUCCACCCAACACCCCCAGUCACUACAUAACUAUCUACUUUGAAAAUGAGAAGUAUGGAGGUGCACAAACGGCAGAUGUUCAACUGCUGCCUGAUGAAGAUGCAGCUAUCAUUACAUUUGGUAACCAGAAAGAUGUAACAAAUAUCCUGGCAAAGAAGCAUUCACUCAACAAAACACCAAUCUUUGUCUAUCCUUACUACACCUCACUGGAAACAGCUCUAUAUGGAAAGGAAGGGCCGCAGAUAAAGAAGCCAGAUCCAAUCACAUUGCCUCUGGAUCCCUAUAUCUGGAGUUAUUUGCAAGGAGAUAGUAGCUUAAUUGAGGCAAUAGAUCAUGAAAUGGCCAAGUGUAAUUGUGUGCCAGCAUGGCCUGACCCCCACUGUGCAGAUCCAAAAGUUACUUUGCAUCCUUCAGCUAUUUUUUCUGAGCGGAAGAGAUCAGUAUCUCAAUUGGCCAAGACAUGGAAAGAAAAAGUUUCCACAGCAUUUUCACACAGCAUAUCAAAAUAUGAAGCAAUUCAGUGUCAAGUUAGCACAGAGGUGUGGGAAGCCAUUAGGAGCAGCUUUCCCCAUGAUGAAGUUCUGAUGAUCCCACAUAUUUCCAAGGAUUUACAUGUUCUAGUAGGUGAAAAAGACAUUGUGAAGAAGGUUGAACAAGAACUGAACCUUCUGAUCCAAAAGGCCACCAGAGAAAUUGAAAGAGAAAAGCAAAGAACUGAACUGAAAGUCAAGACAGUGAAACCAGGGGAAUAUGGAAUUUUACAGAUUACUGGUCUUGAAGAAAAAUUUCGUACGGAGUUCCCAGACCUGCAAAUAACUUAUGAUUACUUGCAGAAGUGCAUUAACCUAUCUGGAGUUCCUGAGGAAGUUUAUAAAGUAAAAGGAGAAAUACUUGAUCAUGUACACAAAAUGGCAAAGAAAACGAUUAAUAUCCACCCUUACAUUUUUCAGUUUUUAGAGCGUAUUGAUAAUGAAACCCUGUCACAGAGCCUGUUUGUAUCAAAACAAAUUAGUGCCUUUUAUGAGCUUAGUGCAGGAGAGAUCAUCCUGAGAGGGAGCGAUCCUGAAAAUCUCCUAAAAGCAGAGGAAGAAAUAAAGAAAGAACUGGAUCACAAAAGUAUUACUUUGGACGAUGAGUCAGUCCUCCAGAAGGAGGAAUGGCAGAUGCUAGCCAAGGAAAACUGCUCUAAUGGAGCUGUAGCUGUCACUCAGGCAGAGGCUCAGAUCAUGAUUGCUGGUCUUUCUGAAGCAGUAGCAAAAACCUUUGAGGAACUUUCCAACUUUAUAGAUGAAAACACGCAAGUGCGAAGGGUCAUUGAAGGAAAGCCGAUGGCACUCAUAAAGUUUUUUGAGAAAGAGAAGGUCGAUGUUUGGGCUCCCUUGCAAGAAAAAGGUGUGAAAGUUGACUUUGUCACACAGAAAAUCUGUGAAGUUAUAUCCUUGAGUGGGCCAAAGACAAAAGUGCUGGAGGGAGUCAGCUUAUUUGAGAAAAUUUUGUCUGGCCUGCAUUUUAAGCGUGUGGUAAUUGACUUGCCAGGAGCCAAGGCAUAUAUAAAAGAGCAGGCACACUUUUUGGGUCCCCAUAUAAAACAAAUGUUCAAGUGUUUAAUCCUACUGGAAGAGCAGCCAGAAAAGGAACUGGAAGAACAGAAAGUACACAGUAACAGAGGGAAGCUCUGUAUGCAGGUGACCAUGGGUGAAACUGUAAUAGCACUUUAUGAAGCUGACUUGUGCACUCAUCCUGUUGAUGUUGUGGUGAAUGCAUCUAAUGAAGACCUAAGACACAUUGGUGGCCUUGCUGACGCCCUGUCACGAGCAGCUGGCCCAGCACUGCAGCAGGAGUGCAAUGAGCUGGUGAGGAAGCUCGGGAAUUUGCAGCCCGGCUGCGCAGUGAUCACGGGCGCCGGGAAACUGCCCUGCAAGAACGUCAUUCACGCUGUUGGGCCCAGGUGGAACGAGAAGGAAUCACAGAAGUGCACGUGGCUGUUAAAAAAGACUGUGAAAAAAUGUCUACACCUGGCUGAAACAUGGAAGCAUCGUUCCAUAGCUCUGCCUGCUAUAAGUGGAGGGAUUUUUGGCUUCCCGCUGGAAGUGUGUACUUACUCGAUUGUAUCCUCCAUCAAGGAGACCUUGGAAGAAUCCGAGGGGAACAGUAGCUUGAAGGAGGUUCAUCUCGUGGGUUUUGCACGGGAUAACAUUCAGGCUUUCAGAAAGGCAUUUAAAGAAGUGUUUCCAGAUUCUUUGCCUUCCUACAGAUCACCUCAUCAUGUCAGUACAGCUCCUCAGCCUAAGCAGAGGAAAACUAAGCGCAUUAAGAACUUCCCAGUCAUAACAACUCAGGAAGGCCUUAACAUCGUGCUGGAAAUAGGAAGCAUUGAAGAUGCUACAACAUCCAUUGUUGUCGUCAGUGUUAGCAAAGAUCUCCGGCUUGACAAAGGGCCACUUGGUAAAGCUUUGCUAAGCAGGGCAGGGCCAAUGCUUCAGACAGGCUUGAAUAAAGAAGGUGGAGGAAGAGCUGAGGAAGGAUCUGUGUUGAAAACUCAAGGCUACAAUCUGGCUUGCAGUGUUGUGCUUCAUGCUGUGGUACCUGCGUGGUCCCAGAAAAACGCACCUUCAAAGGUCUUGGGUGAUAUAAUCACAAAAUGCCUGGAGAUUGCUGAAGAACUGUCUUUGAAAUCAAUUACUUUUCCAGCAAUUGGGACAGGGAAUUUAGAAUUCCCAAGAUCUGUUGUUGCUAAAUUAUUGUUUGACAAAGUGUUUGAAUUCAGUAGUAAAAACAGAAUAAAUUCUCUUGAAGAAGUUCACUUUCUGUUGCACACAAAAGACACAGCUAAUAUUCAGGAAUUUUCAGAUGAACUCGAAAACAGGUCUGUAGCUGUUAAAGGGCAGAAGCCUCCUCCAAAUGACGCUAACCAGAGCCUGGUUUUUUCUGCUGUCUCUUCAACCUCAGCACACAAUGUGCUUGAAGUGACAAUUGGCUCCCUCGUGUUCCGGGUGGCAGAAGGUGAUAUUACCAAGGAGGAGGGAGAUGCCAUUGUAAACAUAACAAACGGAGCCUUCAAUCUCAAAGCAGGUGUCUCCAGAGCAAUUCUGAAUGGUGCUGGAAAAGCAGUUGAAGAUGAAUGUGCUGUACUAGCCCAGCAAACUGGCAACAGAUAUAUCAUCACCCAGGCAGGAAACCUACCAUGCAAAAAUAUAAUUCAUUUUGUUCACCAAGAUGAUAUCAGGUCCCUGGUUUCCCAGGUGCUCCAGGAGUGUGAACAGCGGCAGUACACCUCUGUCGCCUUCCCAGCAAUUGGAACAGGAGCGGCGCGCCGCAAUCCAGCUGAGGUAGCUGACAACAUGAUAGAUGCAGUAACUGACUUUGCAAAAAAGAAUUCUGCUACAUCUGUGAAAACUAUUAAAGUUGUCAUCUUUCAGCCAUAUCUGAUGAGUGUGUUCCAAACAAGCAUGCAGAAAAGAGAAAAGUCUACUGCAACACGAAUCAAAUCAUUUGUUUCCAAGGCAUAUCACAUGGGUAAAUCACUCUGGAGUUCUGAGAAACAUUCCCCAAAAGAAAAAACUAAAAAGGUUUUGGAAAAGAAAAUUGACCUGGCUGUUGUGCAGAUUUGUGGUGAAGAUAAAAGAGAAGUGGAAGAAGCUGAAAAGUGGCUGAGAAAUGCAAUUUCAAAAGAACAAUCUCAAACAGAAAUUGUAGACGAGUAUAUCUCUCAUUUCGGUGAAGAAGAGAGGGAAGAACUGGACGACCUAGAAAAGAAAUUUAGAAUUUUUCUUUAUUUGAAGAGUACCUCUGUUGAAAUUUCAGGGAUUACAAAAGAUGUCUGCUUGGCUUCUUUAGCUGUUCAUAAAAUGAUCCUCAGGGUGAAAGCUGCUAAAGAGACUGAGGCAAAACUUUUACAAAAUCUAAUUGAAUGGAAAUAUUUUGAAAAGGAUUCUUAUGUGCCCUUCAACAGUCUCACAAAUAUGGAUUUGGAAAAUGCUUACAAGGGAGAGCAGAAAACUAUUGAAGUCACCAUUGGUGAGAGAAUAUACACAGUGAAUGUGGACCGUAAGACUGCUGUGGAUGCCCAAGGAGGACAGAUACCCAUUAUACGUAUUGACAAAUCUGAAGAUCAGAAGUCAAUAGUGCUCCCUCCAACGUGGGACCCUAUGGAAAAUGAGCGAGUCAAAAUAGUGGAACUAAAACCAGACUCAAAAGAGUAUAAAGAUGUGCAAGAAAGAUUUCUGCAGACCUGUCAGUCAUUCAAAAUUGAAAAGAUUGAAAGGGUACAGAACCAAUAUUUCUGGAAAAACUACCAAAUAAAAAAGUGUGAAAUGGAUAAAAAAAAUGGUGACAGAAAUAAUGAGAGGCUUCUGUUUCAUGGGACAAGUGAGGAGUCAUUACCCUUAAUUAACAACCAUGGAUUUAACCGGAGCUAUGCUGGAAUGCAUGCUGCAAACUACGGGAAUGGAACAUACUUCGCUGUUAACGCCAACUAUUCUGCCCACGACCUCUACUCUAAACCAAAUGUGAAUGGGAAGAAGUACAUGUACUUGGCCCGAGUCCUUGUUGGAGAAUAUUCUCUGGGGAAAAAAGGAUCAAUUACUCCAGCACGAAAAAAUGUUAGCAACUCUGUAGAUCUGUUUGAUAGUUCAACUGAUAACGUGAGCCAGCCAUCCAUGUUCAUAAUUUUUAAUGACAUUCAAGCUUACCCAGAAUACCUUAUCACUUUUACUAGGUAAGUAUUUUGAUUGCAGCCACAACUGCAUGUCUUUCAGCCUUUAUGUAGGAUAGAAAUACCUGUAAUAAAACACACAAAAAAAUAACUUGUGUCAAAAAAAAAGACUUGUGUCAAAUUAAAUUCUGUCUUGAUUUAAGCAAUCUCUGGAAAUUUAUGAUCCCCCUGAAGUUUGUUUACACUUGGAGCAGCUGAAUGUAUUAAUACUCAAGCACAAUAUUGUACUGCAAUCCUCUUUUAGAUUACCUAGUGAGCCUUUGUACUGUAUCAGCCUUUCACACAGUGUUAGGGCCUUCCUAAUACCAGUGGGGAAUUGGAAGGGAUAAUGCAGCCGUGGACCAUUCAGUGUUGCAUUUCUGAUGCCUUCUUACACUCUAUGACAAUCUCAUAACGAAUUAUGCUGAGCAGUUUUCAAUAAAAGAACCAGAUUGUA